AUGGCCAAAGGCUCGCUGCUGCCCAUCCUGGGCCUCGCGCUCGCUGGUCUCCUUGCUGGCGCUGCAACCGAAUACACCGCCUUCCUCCUCUCCAAGGACGAGUCUCUUCGCGCGCUUGGCUCCAACUGCAGUCUUCCAUCCCGCAAGAAGCUGCGGACGGAUCUCACGCAGGGUGCAUUGCCGCUGCUCGACAAUUUCCUGUGCGCGACCAUGGGCUUUUUCCAGCGCACCACACAAAAGCGUAUCAAUGUUGGCCUGUUCGCCAUCAUGGUUGCUUUCACGCUCCCAUUUUCGUACCGACUCUGCUUCCAGGCGGUGUCGCCCAACCGCAAAUCCACACUCAAUGCAGGAAUCGUCCUUGUGCUGCUUAAUACGAUCGGAGCCGCCGCCGGCCUGGGUCCCUGGUCCUGCAUCUUUUUCUCGCUGUUCUACCUUCCUGCUGCUUACAGCUCGAUGAAGGUUUCCAAAGCGGCAGUACUGCCGGUUCCUACACCCGCUUCCAACAUCUACACCGCCAACCUCCUCCACGUAGGCGUGGGCAUCAUCACGACGAUUGUCACGUUUGCCGACUCUGCUGGUGGCCUGUGGAACCACGCCGCUCUACUCAUCCAGUUCGCAGGCCUGGUGUACAUCCCUAUCGCGUGGGUCAGCUUCCGCACUCCCAAAGUCAACGACGAAGCCAUGUCCCGCGGCGUAAUCCGCCGCUACGAUGCCGAAGGCGUCAGCUAUGCUUUCGAGCGCACCUGGUCGUACUACCGCAAAAUGGCCGCCUUCUCCGCUUUCAUUUACUGGUACGGUCUCAACCGUGUCCUUCGCGGCUACUUCUUCGAGGAAGAGAAGUUUGACGCUAUCUCGGUCUUCUGGCUUGGCGAUGUUUCUGGUCUCGCUAUUGCUACUGUCUUGCUCGUCCUGGCGGAGAAGGCAACUUUCAGGAACAAGUCGACGGUCCACCCGGUCACUGGCGAGCCUAGAUCGCCUUUGGAGAUUGAGUGUGAUAAAGCGAUCGCAAAGGCACCUGCCGGAUCACCGUGGUUGGAAAAGACGACCACUGGCUUCAUCGUUGCCGCUCUUGUCGGUGGGCCUGGCUUUGCAGCUAGCAUGUGGUGGUGCAGUGGCGAGGAGGAACUCGGUUGGAAGGCGCGCAAGUCGUGGAGAGAGACGGUGGCGGUCGAGGGCAAGAAGAGCAAGUGA